GUCACAGUGGAACCUAAUGAGAUAGUAGACGAACGUUUGCGCUUACCGUGUGUUCAUGUCACGCCACGCCACGAUGGUCUUGAACUCACACGCGUAAUACGUGAGAAUACCAUCGUCAUACUUCGCAUCAAAUCUCUAUCCUUUUCAACAGCGCUUCUCCUUUUCUUCUCCUAUACUUCUCCUUUUCUUUAGUUGGUUUAACAACCAAAUGCAAACCAUGAAAAACAGCGAAUAGGUCACCCACGCGGUGACACCAGUUAUUUGCAUCGGACAGGGUUAGCGGAAGGACUGCUCAUUCAUAGACCAACACUCUAAACUAAGCAUCGACUGCAACAUGGCGCGUUCUGUUCCUUCGGAAGCUCCUUACAACUUAGAUUAUACCGCUCUUGCCUCGGUCGAUGUCGAGUCGCGAGACUGUGGUGACUCCAAGUCUGAAGUUCGGCGUAGGCAAAGCCAAAUUGCACUCGCAAGUCGUUACAAUGGCGUACGAGCGGAUCAAUCCUUCGCGUGGGCGGCUGUCUCAGCUAGGCAACUAGAUGACGUCUCCGAAUUUGUCGUGAACCUAUGGGAGCCAGGGAACAAACAGAAGUCUCCCUUAGUUCAAUCCACCCGUGCAUUUGCUUCAUACAUGGUACAAGAGUUGGGGAUAUGCGAAACGGCCAUGCUAGCUUCGCUCGUGUAUAUGGUGCGGCUGAGCGACGUGUUUGCCGAGAAAGGACUGUCCACAGUCAAUUGCAGCAAGCAGUUGUUUGUGGCGUGUCUGCUCACGGCAACGAAGUACUUGUACGAUAUCCCGCAAACAAAUGCCUCCUGGGCGCGGGUGUGUCAACUAGAUCCAAGUCAUAUCAACAGUAUGGAGCUAGAGCUUCUCGAAGCCCUGUCCUUUCACGUGGGUGUGAGUGCACGGGAAAUGGACGGCGCACGUUUGUAUAGUAAGCGGCGUAUUUCCGCACCCACGCGAGCAUGCGACAACUCAGUAUACGUGCCUACUACAACCCGGCGGGAGUUUCCGGUAUCCCCGAUGUACCAGCCCAGUUCGUCGCGCCGCUCUGCGCACAGAUCCGUGUCGUCUGCGCUCGAAUCACGCUCAAAUGAGCGUGCCGAAGCGCGUGAGGCCAGGUUUGCGCGUGACAGCGUGUUAUCACCGAAUGAGAGUCCACGAGCUGGGUCGAUCAGGGAUGCUUUCAGCGGUAAUGGACACAUGUCACGAGAUAUACCGUCACCGGCACCCGAUGAGACCUUCCGACGAUCGUACAGCAGUGGCAUGCGCACGGUAAGCUUUUGGUUUGUGGAGUGUGUGUAUGUGUGUGAGGUGGAAGCUGGCUUGGAUCGAUUUUGUGUGGGUGAGGAUUUUAACUUGCUGUCAAAUGAUAUGCGUAUUGUUUCAGAUGAAAUGGGAAUACAUUGCGGAAUUGGGGCGGGUCAUAAAGCAGUAUCAACGUGUGUCACAUGUAAUAUACACUAG